UACGCACUACGCACUCGAACCCAUCAACGGGAACGCGUAAUUCAGGGACACAAGGGUGGAAGUGCGGAUAUUGGGACAGGGCCGAAGAUGGCAUCGGGAGGAGAAGGAGGGGGUCGAGGAAGUUUUAAAGAUCUUAUAGUGGAAGAGCUAUCUCUGUUGUUAAAGAAUUUCAUCUGUAGGUGGCUUCAACGACAUGGAUUCGGUGAUGCUAUCAUGAACCAGGAAGUGCUGAAUGCAAUGAAGCUCCUUAACCCACGUCAGCAUAAAGUCUCUCAGGCUCUACAGGACAUAGGAGAUCAAGUGGAUGGAGAUGGAGGGCUAAGAAGGCUAACAAACGACCCAUCAAUCAUUCCCACAAAAGAAGUGUUCCUGAAAGUCGUCUGUGCACUGUUUUCAGAUGGUAAAAUCAGCUGGGGCAGGGUGGUUUCUGUGUUCUGGUUUGCCUGUCUACUUGUCAUGAAAGUACAUGAGAACAGAAUCUUUGACAUCAUCAGAGACAUAAUCACCUGGACCAUAGACUAUUUCCGGGAUAAGGUGAUCAACUGGAUAAAGGAGCAAGGAGGCUGGGAGGGAAUUUAUUCCCACUUUGGCACUCCCACAUGGCAAGUGGCAGCAAUUUUCCUAGCUGGUGUGCUCACCACCCUUUUUGUCGUCCAAAAGAUUUAAGAGGUGUGUGAAGAGCAGAAAGGAGAAAUAUUUGAAAAACAACAACUGGAACAAAACAAGAAGAUGAUGGGGGAACGCAGUAGGUUUGGCAGAGUAAACCGGUCAAACAAGAGAAACUUGUAUACAGGAAAUAAUUGGUUGUCUCCCAUAUGGCCAUAAAAACUCUCAGGAUGGCACACCAAAAUCACAAUCAAUGAAUGCCUUUGCAAAAUGUUGUGAUGUACUAUUACUAUAAUAUAGGAACUACAAAAAAGCCUAUCAUAGAUAAUUUGUCUUUUGUUUUGUUUUCACUACGGUAAUUUAUAUUUUAGACUGACUAGAAAUGAUCGUUUAAAGUUUCACAGCCUAUAAGUAUUUUCAGUAGUUUUAUUUAAAAAAUAUAUACAUAUUUUUUUCUUUUUACAAAAUGAAAACCAUUACAAAAUUAUUUACAGAUGUGGCAAUUGGGGUGACCUAUGUUACUCCCCACUGGCCCCACUGACUAUGCCACUAACUAGAAGUUCUCCUGUUUGCAUGUACAAAAUCAGAAGGAUGGGCAGGAGUUUAGAUUUAAAGAAAUAAUUUUAACUUUGUCGUUUUUACUUGAAAAAGCACAGUUUAUAUGGAUGCUUGAAAACUUUGAUAAUGUAUUUUAAUUUCUUUUAUUUACACUUUUAGUAAUGCUUGAAUUUGCAUGUUUCUAAAUUUGGCUCACACUUUGUUGCACUUUGUUCUGUGAGACAGCCCUAUCCAACAUGCUGCCAGUUGACGUAAAGGUUUGUAGGCACAGUUGAUUUCUCUGAAGUGUGCAGUCACUGACACCUUGUGAGUUUUUACGCUAAGCAUUUGUUUAAUUACAUAAAUACAUUACUCUUAUAAAAAGUUGUUUUCCUCUGACACUCUGACUCAUCCAUUUUUCCUAUGGGUUGUCUGACUGAAUGGUUGAACCUGUUAUGCAAAAGUAAUGAGAGAGGACACCCAAAACUGUUAUUAAGUGUCAUUAAGUUCUUCACAAUAUUUCAGUACAAAAAAGCUGUCAGCCAUGUAUAGCCGAUGCUACAGCACAGUUCCAACAACAUCGCCCUUAGAAACAUAAUGCUGCUAAUAAGCUCGUCAUCAUCCUGGGCCAAGUUCUUUCUAAAUAUAAACUUUCAUUUGCAAUAUUUUAGGAUAUUAAUAAAAAUAAAGCCAUUGUUUAAAGGCAGUAUCUGCAUCACCUUGGCAUGAUUUAAUAUCCACCUGUGUAAAUAAAAACAGAUUGAUGUAUUGCUCACUAUGUGUCUCUGGUGCAUACAAUAAUUUACACACCAAAAACAGUUAAUCAACAUACCCUCUAGGUGUUGCCAAUGGGCCCAUGAUUAUAGAAACGUGCAUGUGCCUACCAGGAAGUUUGCUCAGAGCUGUGGAUAUUUCCAUGGUUGGUUCAUUAUUGAUACAUCUAAACCUUGAGUGGAAAAGGGUGUAUGACAGGUUGUUCUGGGGCCUUGCUUUUAGCAUUCAGUUAGUGAUGUAUUUGGCUAUUCAAAUAUAAAGUUUAUUUUUAAAGCAUCUGGUUUGAUUAAACAAGGAUGUGUAGUCAAUAGCUUGGGUUUUCAUGCAUUGUUUACAUAUCUAUAAAUGACCUAAUGUCACAAUCACCUUUUUGUGUAUAUGUAUUUACAUGUUUUUAGUGUGUGUGCGUUAGGGGGCAUGGAUGAUUUUUAUGUUUUUUUUUUUUUAAUGAAGUCAUGUGUCAUGAACUGAUAUUUGCUUUGAGCUAUGAAAGACGUGCUGCAUGCAGAAAAAAGAAACUGUCAUAUAUUAAACUUAUUUUUGAUAGUUUUUGUCUGAUAUUAAUUACUACAACUGCUGCAACAUUACAGUCAGUGCUUACUGGUGAUAAGAUCAACCUUUUAUUCCAAAGUUUCCACAUUUUCUAUCUUUGUAAGUCUGGAAAAUGUCUCAAGUGAUGUUUCAAGUUGAAAUUAAAUAUACAGUAUAUACCAUA